GGCGUGUCGCUAGUUGUUAGCCUGCCUGCUAACUCCCAGCUAAAGUUGACGGCACUACUUUCACUUUCUCACAAUCAGGAAUAUCGUCUCUGGGAUGAACAGGGCUUCUUGAAAAACGAAACUGGAAACGGUUGUUGUUGUCUUCGACACUCGUUAGAUCGUAGAUGUAGAUAUUUAACUCUCUUCGGGGGCGAUAUUGACAACUUGUAGCCAGUGGCGUCUUAAAGAUUUAACCGCUAGCAGUCAAAACCGUCAAACACGCAGGUAGCUUGACUACUUUACUAGCUAGCUUUAGCGGCUAGCCCCCGCUAGCAUGGACGUUAGCGGAAGCAUGCAAAGUAAUGAGGAGAGGGUAGAGAAAUUAAUGGAUGACUACCUGAAAUCAAUAGGUUUGCAUCGGAAGAAGAUUGCCAAAGACGGCUCGUGCUUGUUUCGGGCUGUCGCCGAGCAGGUGCUGCAUUGCCAAAGCCUUCAUACCAAAGUUCGUGCCAAAUGUGUGGAUUUCCUGAAGCAGAACAGAGAAAGCUACGAGGCGUUUAUUGAAGGCGACUUUGAGAAUUACCUGUACAAGCUUCAGGACCCGCAGCAAUGGGUGGGAGAGGUGGAGAUCAACGCGCUGGCUGUCAUGUACAAGAGGGAUUUUCAGAUCUUCCAGGAGCCCGGCAAACCGGCCGUCAAUAUCACAGACAACAACUUCAAGGACAAGGUGCGGUUGUGCUUCCUGAACGGGAAUCACUACGACAGCGUUUAUCCCGUCAGCUACAUUAAGAACGCUGCUCUCUGCCAGUCCAUCCUGUACGAGCUGCUGUAUGACGGUGUGUUUAAAGUUGACCGGAGCUUUCUGGGUCCGUGCCAGCGGAUCAGCCGACCCUCUGAUAUCCUGAGUGACGACAUCAUGGCCGCCUGCGGCAGCAGCGACGAGUCCGACUUGGACGCUGGCGAGGGGCUCCGGGUAGAAAACGGAACAAGCAUGACGGCUACGAGACACAACAACCAAAGUUACAGGGGCCGCGGGCGUGGCCGGCUUUUGCCUGAGAGAGUGCGACGCUCACUGAACCCGACUCUGUUCAGAAACAUAGAGUACGACGUCUGGCACAAGACCAAGAGAGCACAACAGAGGAUGGACUACUGUAUCGCUGCUGGGAUGCAGUUCACUGUGGGAGACCGCUGCCAGGUUCGUCUCGAUGGCGGAGGACGGAACUACAACGCAACCAUCAAGGAGGUGCCACCCAACAACGGCCCGGUGACAGUUUACAUAGAAGAACUGGGCAGAAAGCUUCUCUCCCUCUCAGAGUGGGAGGAGAGGGGCAAAGGCAGAGGCAGGGGGAAGCACGUCCCAGCAUCCUCCUCUGUUUCCCAGGCGACAGCACCGGGCUCCAGUGGGCGCGUGCAGAAGCAGCACUCGUGGCCCCCGCAGGCCACCGUAGAGGAGCAAGGAGGCGUGAAAGCCAACAGGAAGAGCGCGGUGGAGUCUGCUUUCGGUCUGACGGAGAAGGAGCGUUUGGCCAAAGAGGAGGAGGAGAGGAACGUGGCGUUGGUGGAGAUCCAGCUCAGAGACGAGCGCAGCUUCCCCGCCCUCGGGACCCAGCCUGGGAUGCAGGGUGAUGGAGGGAGGAAGAAGGGAGGAGAGAAGAGAAGAUCCCAGAGAAACAAGACGAAGAGUCCAGUUGAAGACGUCAGAGCGCCGUCUCCCUCUGCUGACGAAAGACCCAAAUCCUCCACCCCGCCACUUGCAGCCGCUGCCACUACUGCGCCUACUACAAAUACGACUACGCCCACCAACCCCACCCUUCCUGCUGCAAAACCUCCUGCUGCCCCGUCUGCAAACUCUGACUCUAAGCCUACUCGGCUGAGCUCGCUCAAGGCUUCGACCCCCAACAUAAACAUGGCUGCCGCCACCGCAGCUGCUGCUACAGCGUCCAGCUCCACCUGUGUUGCCCCAACUGCUCAAACAAACACACAGUCUUAUGCUUUAGCUGCAGCUACACCGAGUUCUCCUCCCCCUGCUGCCCCGAACACUAAACCCUCUGUAACGGGUGGUGCUGUGCCUCACUCCGUCCCGUCCUCUGCCACUCUCUUCUCCUUCCUCACCCCUAAUCUGCCUGCUGCUUCAUCACCCCCAACUCCCCACGCCCUCUCCUCAUCUUCUCCUCCCCCCUCCUCUUCCUCUAAACUUCUCACCUCCACUUCUUCCGCUCUUCCUCCUAGAUCACCUGCCUCACCUCGUCCGUCUUCCUCACUUCCACCUCCCACAUUUAUCGCUCCCAUUGCUCCCUCUCCCGCCGCUGCACAGGCCUUCCUCCCUCGUUCCUCCUCGCCUGUCUCCUACCUCCCCCACUCCCCCAGUCCACCACCACCACCCUCCUCAUCCUCUUCCCCUCUUAUCCAUCGCGAGGCUCCACCAGUUUCCGCACAAACUACAAAUUCUUUGCCAAAUAUUGGAGGUACCUUCCACGGCCAGGCCUCGCUGUCCCAAAUUCAUCCUCAGGUGUCUCUGCCCCAAAACCAGAACCAGAUCUCUGUGUCCCAGACCCAAACCCAGGCCUCAUUAACCCAGGGUGAGAAGCAAACCCAGUCUUGUCUGCCCCAAAACCAAAUCUUGAUGCCCCAGAUGCAGACCGAGGCCCAGUCCUGUCUUCCUCACCCCCAGCAGCAACCUCAGUCCCACACUGAAGUGGCCUCUCUGCCACAGACCCAGGCCCAGCCAUCUGUCCUCCAGACCUCCCUCCCUCAGGCCCAGGCCUCUGUCUCCCACCUCCAGCCCCAGUCUCAGGCCCAGUACCUCUCACAGUCUGAGGUGGCCCAGGUCCAGUCCUCUCACCCAGCUCCAGGAGCUUCCUACCCCCACACCUCCCAGGCCUCGGUUCCCGUCUCUACCUCUUUACAGUCCCAGGCAUCUGUCACCCCUCCUCACCUCCACGUCCAGCCGGCCCAGGUCCCACAUCUCCCCUCUCUCUCCGCCUCCCCGACCCAUCCCUCUCUCCAAUCUCAGACCCCCACCACUCAGAACCAAACGGAGGCCCCGCUCCCUCCCGCCCAGCACUCCCAGGCUCAGCCCGAGUCUCCGGCUCAUGUUCCCUCCCAGCAGUCACACCCCCCCCUCUCAUCAUACCCAGUUACAUCCAUCCCGGGAGCCGUUCCUCUGCAGCAGCUGUCCCAGCUCUACCAGGACCCCCUGUACCCCGGAUUCCCCCAGGGGGAGAAGGGCGACAUGGUUCCGAAUCCACCCUACUCCUCCAGCAAGUCAGGGGAUGACCUGCCCCAAGAUAUCAACAUCUUGAGGUUUUUCUUCAACCUGGGUAUCAAGGCCUACUCCAUGCCCAUGUUCCCCCCUUACAUAUACCUCCUCCCCCUCCAGCAGGCCCACACCCUGCACCCCAAGCUCCCUUCCCGAUCCCCCUCCCCCCACUACCCUCCCUCCAACACCCCCACCAGGCACCAGGAGGUGUACCCACACCCCCAGUACCAUCCGACUUCAGCAUCAAUGCCACCUCAGUACGACCACCAAGCCCCACUCACUGAGCCCCCCCAUUCCAGUGACCCCUCCUUCAACCAGGCCGGGUACCCCGUCACCCAGCCUCCGCCCCACAGGAUGUCGCUGUCAUGGCAACAGCACCAGAUGCACCCACCCAGAAACCCCAGCUACCAGGGUGGGUAUCCCACCUCAAAUCCACCAUAUUCGGUUCCCCCACCCUUGUCUCAGGGCUACCACCCAGGUCAAGGCCAGGGACACCCGCUGUACACUCAGAGCGUGCCUCCAUACCCCCCCUCUUCGCUGGGAUAUCAGUCUUCAUCCACGCCUGAAGAGCUCCAGGUGAGCCAGGGGACAAUCGAGCAGCGUCAGCCCGCCAACGGGGACAUGAUGUCUGGCCAAGAGUCCGGCCGAGUAUCUGGUCCUCUGGAGAGUCGUGCUGCUGCUAAUGUGGCUAAUGCUAACAAUAGAGCAGUGAUGGUACCUGGUUUUGCCCUCAAGAAGGAGCAGGGAGAGAGUUUGCCCAGAGCGGUGCUGCUGGUGGACCCGCCACUCAACAACAAUCCCAUACUGGUUUCAAACCAUGGCGUCAAGGAUGUCCCUGUCGCCAUGACAACCAUGAAGCCCAGCAGCACCCCUGGCUCUCCAUUACCUUAUGACGUCAUCUCCAAGACGACCGUCUCCGGGGACAACACCCCCUCCCAUGUUUAUCGAGCCCACCAAAAACCAAUCAACCCCCACAACACGUACGUCUCACUGGGGACACCGGAGCCCGGCCAGGUGGGUUACCUGCCGCCUCUGUUGUCUGUCGGCUGCAGCACAGAGGACUACAGGGAUGAGCGGAUGGGAUUCAAACCGUCAACGUCAAACAGAGGGUCGAGGAGGAACUACAGAGGAGGGGGGAGAGGGAGGGGAGCCCAUGAUCCAGGGAGGGGGGCAAGCAGGAGGAGACAUGUAGAGACAGGGGCGGGGCUUAACUAUGUCCAGUUUAACUCUUCCCACGGGGGGAGGGGCCGGUAGAGAGGAUACUAGCUCUCAGCCAAUGAGAGGAGAGGACACAGGAAGGUGUUUUUUGUUUUUCUUCUUUUCUUCCCCCCAAGCUUGUUUGGUUUCUGCUCAUUCUUGCUCGGACAUUUCCUGCUUCUUUUUGACGCCUUUUUUUUUUUCCUUCUCUUCUAAUCGUUUCUUGUCGCCUCACCUGGAGAUCUGAUUGGUGGAUCGGAUUGAUUCCACAUAGAAAAUGUGUGCUAGAACCAAUCAGUUCGAUCAAUCGUCUCGUCGUCGUGUCUUCGCCUGAAUUUCGUACCGAUUCGGGGAAUCCGAAACUCCAUUCGUGUAUUUCGAUGUGUCGCAAUGCUCCGGCUCGUUGCGGAAACUAUCAAGCUUAUUAUUAGCUAGCUCAUUAGCGUAGCAUGUUAACAAGUGCAAGGUUACAUGUCAUUUUACAUUUCUCAGCAGUUAAACCACGCACGGAUGUAUGGAUUUAAAGAAUCAAACUGUAAGUGUGUUUUGAGGACUACAAACAUGUUCAGAGUAGAGCUACAUAGAGUUUGCUGACAUGUUGAUGUCACGUGUCCCGUGGUAACGUAACGUUUUGUACUAGGAAGUUUGAUUUGACCAGCAUCACAUUGCAUUUUUCGUUAAACGAAUAGCUAGACAUUUUAGGGAAAUUUUCCCUUUCUUGCUGAGAGUUGGAUAAGAAGAUUGACACCACUCUCAUGUCUGUAUGUUAAAUAUGAAGCUGCAACUGGUUAGCUUAGCUUAGCAUAGCAUAAAGACUGGAAACGUAAGGAAACAGCUAGCUUGGCUCUGUUGAAAAGUAACAGAAUCCACCUACAAGCACCUCUAAAACAAUGUGUGUAAAAACAAUGUGUGGUUUUACUGGGGGUUAUGCUAGGCUAGCUAUUUCCAGUCUUUGUGCUAAGCUAAGCUAACCAUUUUCUGGCUAUAGCUUCAUAUUUACCGCAUAAACAUGAGUGGUGUCAAUCUUCUCACCUAACAAUACUUCCAAAAUAUGUAGACCUGUUUCUUUAAUAGCAAGUCAAAUUUCAGACUCUCCAGCAUCCCUUGAACGCAGCAUAACAACUGAGAGCUUAGCAUGUCCAUAAAGCAUCAGACAUUUAAACAUAUUUUAAGCAACAACAAAAAAAAGAAAAAAGCAACGAGUGUCAACCAAGUGUUAAUCUAAGUGUCUGUUAGCACUGUGAGCUAAAAACAAACGAGUUUUAAGCGGACAAAAAAUAAUUUAAUAUCACAAAAUAUAAUUUGAGAGCGGCUUUAAGAGUUGUAUAAAACCACAGCAGUAUAUGUAGAUCUGUGGUUUACGUGUGGACUAGGUGUGCGGACUUUCUUGCUUUACGUUUAGUUUUUUUUUUUUUUUUAAUUGUUCGUCUUUCCUGUUGGUUUCAUGUCCUUUUCCUUUUGUGUAAUUGUCUUUUUCUUCUUACUGGGUUUAUUUUUCUUUCUCUCAUCACGUUUGAUCGAUUCAGAAAACUCUUAGAGAUCCAGUGCCUUACGUUUGCUACUUUUUACUUGUCUUAUUUCUUUUUCCUUCUGAGUUUGAGAAGCACUGCUGUACAGAACAAAGGCUGCUGUUGUCUGUGUUGGAUUUUUCUAUGCGGUUGAAUAAAUAAAACUGGUUCAGAUGGUG